CUGUCCCAGCGGCUACCAGCAGGCCACCCCCUCCUCUAGGCAGAUCAUGAGCUAUCAGCUCCUCUGGGGCAGGCUGUAGGACGACAAAAUUCUCACCAAAGGACCAAGCACACACCGGGCACCAUGGGACAGUGUCGGUCAGCUAAUGCUGAGGAUGCCCAAGAAUUCAGUGAUGUGGAGAGGGCCAUUGAGACCCUCAUCAAGAACUUUCACCAGUACUCGGUGGAGGGUGGGAAGGAGACGCUGACCCCCUCUGAGCUCCAGGACCUGGUCACCCAGCAGCUGCCCCACCUUAUGCCGAGCAAUUGUGGGCUGGAAGAGAAAAUUGCCAACCUUGGCAGCUGUAACAACUCUAAACUGGAGUUCGGGAGUUUCUGGGAGCUGAUUGGAGAAGCAGCCAAGAGUGUGAAAAUGGAGAAUCCUGUCCGGGGGAGUUGAGAACUUCCCCCUGGAAUUCUUGGGGGCUGUUGGGGAGAGGGGACCUUAGAGACUGUGGCCUGGAAAUAAAACUUCUCUCCACCACCACCACCCUAUUCCCCAGCCUGCACCUCUCCUCACCUCUGCAAGGUUCAGGUUCAUAACACCCUUCCCAGUGCAGGGGUCUCUGCACUUCUGUCCUGGGCACUCUGUGAAGCUCAUGGGUCCAGGAGUCCCCACCAGAGGGAGACUCAAGGGGUGGGUUGGGGCCAGGGAUGGAUAUUGAGGGAUGCUGGAGAGAUAAGGAUGGUCUAAGGGUCAAGUGAUUUGGUAGUGGGGGAAGGGCAGAGGAGCUGGGCUAUGGGAAAUGAUUUGAAGAGUGGGGCUGGGAGUAUGGCUAAAUAUUUGGUACUAGGAAGGGUCUCUAAAAGCUUACCCUCCUAAUCUCUUCCCCAACCCAUCUAGCUGUCUGUCCAGUGCACUCCCUUCCUGCAUCCGCUCUAUCCCAGCCACCUCCUGGGACUCUGUCCUUGGGCUUGGGCAGGGGAGGAGGGAGGGCAUGUUUGGGGAGAGGCUGGGGAGGCUGUGACUUUGGGGCGAGAGGACCAGCUGGGUGCUUGGGCAUUUAGAAUGAUGGGUUUUUUUUUUUUUUGUAUCAUUUGAUUAAUAAAAAAGAUGGAAAAAGUGAAA